AUUGUCGCGCAUUCGAAACGGACGCGCUGCGCUCGGCUAACGGUGAAUCGGCAGUCUAACGGUUUAAAUACUUUCCACGUUCGUAAAUUCGAGGCUCAAUAAAUCUCGAACUGUUUGGAAAAUAAGUUGAAAAUUCAUAUUAGUGCAUAUUAUAUAUUAGUGUAUUUUUAGGAGUUCUAAUGGCGAUCGACAAUAAUUAAACUGCUAAUAUUAAUAAACAAAAAGAACUCGAUCGCAUCGUAAACUCUUGUGCAAUAAAAUAGAUACUUAAGUGUCACGCAUCGGAUGGAGUCCAAAUUUAAACUGUAUUAGGGAGAAAUUAAAAGACAAUACAGAGCUCGAGGAGCAGCUGCAGAACUACCACCUGAUAAUUACCACCUGCACCCCCAUUGGAGUCCCUUGACUCCGCAUCAUGACGAGCAUCUCGGCCCUGCUCCAUCGGAGCCACAGCCACAGCAAUGGUUACACGAGCAGCGGGAGUAGCAAUCACAGCCAUAGCAGCAGUCUCUCACCGCAGUUGCCCGGCAUCAAUUUGGGUUUGGGCAUGGUCGGUGGCUUGGGCAUGGGUAUGAGCGUGGGAGUAGGCUCUGGAUCGGGAAACACCAGCCCACCACCGAUGCCGCCAGCUGACCUCGCCGUUCCGCCAGCGGUCCCCACUACGGUGGCACCCAAAAUGCACCAGCACUCACAACACCAUGGCAACUCCCACCAUAAUGCCCCAACCGGCCACUCGAAUCCGAAUACUGGAAGCCAUCACAACAGCCACGACCACAUUAAGCGACCAAUGAACGCUUUCAUGGUCUGGUCGCGGGGGCAGCGUCGCAAAAUGGCCCAGGACAAUCCAAAAAUGCACAAUUCCGAAAUAUCAAAGCGCCUGGGCGCCGAGUGGAAAUUACUCACCGAAGGACAGAAGCGUCCAUUCAUCGACGAGGCAAAACGAUUGCGGGCUCUGCACAUGAAAGAACAUCCCGACUACAAGUAUCGACCACGUCGCAAGCCCAAGACGCUCAACAAGUCACCGGUGCCAGGUGGUGGUGGCGGCAGUGGAGGUGGUGUCAAUGGUGGUGUCAACGCUGGUGGUGCGGGUAACUCCGGUCCCGGUGGCCCAGGAUCAGGCUCCCCCAAGGAUAUUCAGCCUCAGCUGUCGCCCUUGGGUCAGUCGCUGCCACAUCUCCACGGACAUCCGCACCAGUCACCAUAUCAACCGCAUCCACACCACCCGCAUCCCCAUCCGCAUCAUGUCCAGCUGGCCGCCGCCACCUUGAGCGCCAAGUACGGUUUUGGUUCGCCACUGGAGUUGUCCCUGCCCCGCCUGCCGAAUGCCUUUCCCGGGCUCGCCCACUAUCCACUGGAUCCAACGUUGGCCCUGGACCUACAGGCUCGCCUCCAGGCGAUGUACGCCGGCUCCAUCUACCACCCGUGGCGGUAUUUGCCGCUGAUAAGUCCGGAAACUCCACCCUCCCCGCCCAGCAGCAGCGGUACCGGCAUCUCAUCCUACGGAUGCGUCAAGUCAGAGAAGUCCUCGCCAAAUGCGGUAGUGGCCAGCGCGGCCAGUCCGCCGAACAUCAUUUGACCGACUCCAUUGCGCUUCGGCGCCGGCACCUCCUCAUCCGCGGAACACGUGGUCUAGGAUGGGCACCGCAGAGGGAAUUUGGAUGGUAAACUUGGUCAUCCCGCUCCAAAAGUUAAAAGUCCUAAUGUUAGACCCUAGUGUUAGACGAAUAUUAUUGCGCGUCUUCAGUUGCUACUAUAAUUAUGUUUUGGGUUCUGAUUUAGUGCAGCUUGCCUAUUUUAGAUCAUUAAUUUUAAAACUACAUUCAAAAUCUCAAUUUACUGGCAUUUUUGUCCAACCUCGAAAAUCAAUAGCCAUUUUAAAUCAAAAAAAUUUUAAAAAUCUUAGCUUAGAAAAAACAUUUAGUAGGCUCGUAUAUUUUUUAUAUAU